AGCUGUUUCCUUAAAUAUUGAAUUUUGAAUCAAGAAUAUGAAUGCUUAAAGCAAAAAAUACUUCUUCGGGGUAUUCUUUACAUGUACUAAGUAUUUGUUGACAGCUUUUUCAAAGGUGUUUGAUGAAGAUUUUGAAUAUAGAAUUGUGGAAGUUGUACCUUACUUAUGUUAAAGAAACCAAGUCUUCAUUACCAACAUUUAAGUAAGUAUUCAAACCAACUGAUCUUCUUUUUAUUACUAACAUUGGAGUUCUAAGAUUUUUUCGUGAAGAGCCCCAUGACCUUGGAAUCAAAUUGUUUCAUGAUCUUAUAUAUUAUUUUUGCAUCGCCUUAUAUACAUUAAGACCCAAAAAGUGACUGUACAUUAUUAAAUAAUUAAUAAUAUUGAAAUGAAACUUGAUUUUCCAAUAAUUCCCUUCACAUAAAAGUAAUCCACCACCACUCUUCCCUGUGAAACAAAAUACGAGGGGGUACCCAAAAAAACAGGAAUUAUUUUUUAAAAGCUAUUUACUUUCAACUUUUCCACAAAGUAACCUUAUCUCCUUCAAAAUACUGCCCACUACAACUAAUACUCUUGUCCCACCAGUGCUUCCUCUGCUUGAAACAUUUUUUGAAGUUUUCCUUAGAAAUGUCUGACAGCUCCUCCCACGUUUUUUUCUUGACCUCUUCAAUGUCGUCAAACCGGCGUCCUUUCAUAUCCCUUUUCGUCCGUGGAAAUAGGAAAAAGUCGCACGGAGCCAGGUCAGGCGAAUAAGGUGCGUGAACCAUUUUAGCCAGAAACUGUCGAACAGAGAUGGCUGUGUGCACAGGUGCAUUAUCGUGGUGGAAGAACCAUUCUCCUGACUACCACAAAUUGCGUUUUUUUGUCUAACACUGUUGCGCAAUCGUCUUAAAACCUCCAAAUAGCACAAGCUUCCGAAUUUUUUCAACUUUUUCGUCGAUUCAGGCAGUUGAUGAACGUCCAGAACGAGGUUUGUUAUCAAUCGACAUGUCGCCAUUAUUUAAUCGAGCAAAUCACUCGUACACCCGAGUUUUUCCCAUGGCGUCAUCUUUGUAAGCUAUUUUCAACAUUAAAACAGUUUCAGCAGCAUUUUUACUAAUUAGAAAGCAAAAUUUCACAGCUGCACGUUGCUCACUGAAGCUUGCCAUCGUAAAAAACGAAACAAGCGCGAAACAGCUCUGGCAAAAAUAAUAACUACAGAGGAACGAAACAAGCCAGAUCGACAUCUCAGGUGGCACUGAACUGGUAAUGAGUUUUGAGUUGCGCUGUUCGCCUCUAGGGGCAGAAAUGUGUACUACACAAGCUCCGCCCACUGCAAUGCUAUUUCGGCUAUUCUUUAGUACCUCCUCGUACGUUCAGCGAUUUUUUAAGGGUUUUAUUUCGAAGAGUCUACAGAAUGCUUAGCAUCUGAAGAGUAUAGGAGAAAAAAAUAUGUACAUCACAAAUUUGAUAUUUUCUAGUUAAAACAACUCAGUACAAUCCCAUAAGGUAUCGGAAACGCAAAAACAAUGACAGUUCGUAGUUAUACCCAAUUGCAAACUUGGCGUGCAGGGAAAAAAAGAUUAAGCUACCAAUUUUAAGCAUUUACCAUUAAUUUUGUUUUGCUUGUUCUACAGGUAUAUUCUUUUGAAUAAAGAUUUUUUUGAUUCAUCGUCUUUUUCCUGUCCCAAUUAAAAAAAUAAUUAGAAAUAAUUCUGUUUGAGCUAUUGAGGUUAUAAAAUCACCUUUUUCUUAUGUUCUAAGCCCUGAGUAAUAAACUUCAUGUUAAGUUGGUUCUCAUAUUAGAACAGAUCGUAAAACCUAAGAUAGGCAUUUUGCUGGUUGAUCAACCCUUAGAUUUUACAGAGUGUUGCAUAUGAUGAAAGGCUCAUUUCAAGCCUCAAUAUCUCAUAAAAAAGUUGAUUUCAGGUAUUGCCGCUAACACAUCAAAAUGUUUAAAAUUGCACGGAGAACCUCAAAAUAAAAAGGAUUUUCCAUUGAAAAAUGUGUGGUUUAGUUUCACUUUGGGCUAUCCUGUAUAUCAGAUUUUUUUUUAAUUAUAAUUUAACUUUUUUCCAAUUUAUAAUAAUAAGAAAUCUAUGGUACUCCAUCAGAUCUUUGACCCACCCAAUACAACGAGCAUAGGAGUCUUCAAACUUUUAACUUUACUUUUCUCAAAACUCACUUUUUGUGACACUCAUCUUUUUUCCCCUGUAUCCUUCAUCUGUAUAGAGACAAAAACUCAGUUACACUCCCACACGUGCACUUAAAACCAAAUUUGUCUGACGGCUUGAGUUCAAUCUGUAUGAGAGAUGUGUGUAUAGUUACAUAUGCUAGAAAGAGAUAUAAGCCGUUGCCUAGUAACGCUGACGCGGCGAUCUGACGCGUUGCCAAUAUGUUACACCAGUUCCUUGAAUUAAUUUGUAUAUUGAGAGUAUGCAUUAGUUUAUUCUCCACGCCUAGAUAAUGGUUUUAUUUAGAGCGUACACAUUUUUGAAUUGUGUCGAAUCUGUUUAGGAUCGAUUCCUGUUCGGUCCUAACACCGCUUCAUUUUAGUUCGAAAUGAAAGGUGAGGAUCGCCACAAAUUCUGCAACAUUGUAUCGUUGGUUCGCUUGGCGACACCGAAUCUCGUACAUUCUAAGAAAAGGUUUCCACCCCAAAAUGAAAACAAAAAAUUACAUUAAAUGUACAUACCUCAUUCUUGGGUUUAACAGUAACCUAACCUAUUUGUAGAAGCCUGUGCGAACAUUUUCUUGUGUAACAUGUAGGCAACGCGCAGGUUGUACGACCUUCUGCGUCACCGUUGCUAGGCAGUGUGGUGAAGACUUUCGCUCUUCAGCCGGCUUCUAUCUCUUUCUAACAUGUGUUCGCUUCUCUCUAAAACACAUUGGACUCAAACCGUUCUAUACAAGUUUGGUUUUCCCUAUAUACAUGUUUAAGUGUGAAAUGUUUCACAUCUUUUCAUUAUUUCACCUAUGCUUUUGCUACAUUAAUGGCAUAUGUUUAAAAAACACUGUAUAUUUGACGUCUCGCGUUUUCAGGGAAAAAAUGGCACAAGCAUACGAUUUUGCACUUGAUCGUAUUGGCAUGGACAUCCACUCUUAUUCCAUUUGGAAUGACUAUGUUAAUUUUCUCAAAGGUGUAGAGGCAGUAGGCUCUUAUGCUGAAAAUCAAAAAAUAUCUGCUGUGAGAAAGGUGUAUCAGCGAGGAAUUAUAACGCCUAUGACUGGCAUGGAGACUUUCUGGAAGGACUAUAUUGCUUUCGAACAGGCAAUCAAUCCAAUAAUAGCAGAAAAAAUGAGUAUCGAGCGGAGCAGAGAUUACAUGAAUGCCAGAAGAGUUGCCAAAGAAUUAGAAGUACAGAUUCGUGGGAUUAACAGGAAUGCUCCUAGUGUACCUCCUAGUGGUACCCCAGAGGAACGCAAACAGGUUGAAUUGUGGCAAAAAUACAUCCAGUGGGAGAAAAGCAACCCACUGCGAACAGAAGAUACUGCACUAUUGACAAAACGCGUUGUUUUUGCUUUAGAACAGUGCCUGUUAUGUCUUGGACACCAUCCUGACAUUUGGUACCAAGCAGCUCAAUUUUUAGAACACAGCUGCAAAAUUUUAGCUGAGAAAGGAGACGUAAAUGCGUCAAAGUUGUUCAGCGAAGAGGCAGCAAAUAUGUUUGAGCGUGCUACCAGCUCUUUGCUUAGUAAGAACAUGUUGCUGUACUUUGCAUAUGCAGACUAUGAGGAAGGCAGAGUAAAAUACGAAAAAGUGCACCAAAUUUAUAGUAAAUAUUUGGAAAUAAAGGAUAUUGAUCCUACUUUGGCAUAUAUUCAAUACAUGAAAUUUGCAAGAAGGGCAGAAGGUAUAAAAUCAGCCAGAGCUAUUUUCAAGAGAGGCAGAGAAGACCCGCGGACAAAAUACCAUCUGUACGUCUGCGCGGCUCUAAUGGAGUACUACUGCAGUAAGGACAAAAACAUCGCUUUCAGGAUAUUCGAAUUGGGUUUGAAGAAAUUUGGAGCCAUACCUGAGUAUAUCAGUUGUUAUAUUGACUACCUGUCCCAUUUGAAUGAAGAUAACAACACUAGGGUGUUGUUUGAGAGAGUUUUGUCAUCUGGGAGCUUGGAAGCAGAAAAAUCUGUUGAUAUUUGGAACAAAUUUUUGGAGUUCGAAUGCAACAUUGGCGAUCUGCAAUCAAUAGUGAAAGUUGAGAAGCGAAGAUCUGAAGUUCUAUCCAAAAUUAAGGAGUUUGAAGGGAAGGAGACUGCUCAGUUGGUAGAUAGAUACAGGUUUUUAGAUCUCUUCCCUUGUUCGCCGCAAGAGUUGAAAAGUAUUGGGUACACUGAGGUAAUAAACAUAACUGGGGCAGCAGGCAAGAAUCACAUACUGCAGUCCAUUAUAGAACAGGAAACUGAAAUGCCUUUGCCAUUACCUGAUUAUUCACAGAUGAUACCUUACAAACCCAAAUCCAAUCCUUUACCUGGAGAACAUCCCGUGCCAGGCGGGACGUUUCCAAUGCCACCAGCUGCAGCCUACCUGUGUACACAGCUGCCUCCACCACAGUGUUUCAGAGGUCCAUUUGUACACAUUGAUAUCCUCAUGGAUAUCUUCUCCAGAAUUCAUCUCCCAGACACUUUCCCAACACCAACAGAAUCACAUGGUGACGUGAGGCUGUUUGAUUUGGCCAAAUCGGUACACUGGAUCGUCGAGGAAGGAGGCAGCAUUGGCUUGAAACGGCGGAAGAGAGGUUCUGGACUGGGCCUGGAUGGUUCAGAUGAUGAGGAUUUGCCUCUUCCACCUUCCAAUGAUAUAUAUCGACAGAGACAGCAGAAACGUGUCAAGUGAAGCAUAUUAUUUGUUGAGUAAUGAGUUUUGUUAUAUCAACUCUAUUGAGUUGUAUUACACAGGAAGAAUGACAUGGAAUGUGUGCGUGUGUGUCUGUGAGUUGAAGUUAGAUUUUAGGUAGUUCUGUGUCAAUAUAUUUUCUAUCAAUAAAUGUUCAGAAACACAA